AGCGUGGACAAGAAGCGGGCAAGAAGCGCCGCCGUUCUCUCUCAUCGUCGUCGUCUGAGGCCGAUGUGUGUGCAGUUUUACGGGAGCGUGGUGCCCGUCACAGGUCUCGAGUGUCAGCUUUCAUGGGAUCGCCUGCCCGCAAACCUGUCGCCUUCAAACACAGGGUCAACUUCUCAUUACACAGUUCUUCUUGAGAUAAAAACUACGCACAACAAGAGUUCAACCAGCAAGAGCAACAGCAGCAGUGAUGAUGAGCACAGGUUUGAGGAGCGUCGUGCCAGGAGCAACGCUAAGGCGCGCAGCACACUCCUGCCCAUGAACAUGAAUGAGGAGGACAUGCAGCACCGGGUUAUUAGGUUAGAUUCUUCACUCGGCAUUCCAACACGUUUGACUUUACAUUUGUCUUAA